UAUUGAAGGUACUCUAUCCAUAGGUUUCUUUUGGCCAUAUGCAUCUUUUUUUAUGUCCACGUCACCGUGAUUCUGCUUCUUUCACGAUAAAACCAAUGAACAAUCUUCCACCGUUUGAUCAACCCCUCACACCCAUUUUCGUCCGUUGAUCAUCCUCUUAUUUGUUUUUUUAAUUAUUACACCCUUUCUUCUGCAGUUCUGCUAACCCAAAGACCAAACCAGCUGUGUAGUAGAUAUACGAAGACAGAGGAAAAAUAAAAUACAUGUAACCAAAGAUCCUUUCCCUCAUUAUCCUGAAAAAGCCCAGAGAUCCUUUUCCUUCCUUUCUCUAUCUGAAAUUCUCUGUAGCAUCAAAAAGACCGGGGAAAUGGAAAGAUCUAUUUUUUCUGUUGACAUGUGGAUCAAUAUUGGAUUUUUAUGUUUGGGUUUUAGGAAAGGAGGGCUUUUUAUUUUGUGGGUUUUCUUUGGUUGAUUGUUUUGAUUUUUUUGGAGGUUGUUUUUAGACUAUUGAUAUGUUGUUUAAAAUGGGUUUUUGAUGGCUGUGGUGAAUAUAGGUUUUUGAAGCACCAUUUGUGAAAAUGGAAAAUGGGGUAGGAAUGGUUGAUGAUUCUGUUAUGGUAGAAAAUAAAAUUAUGGAGGAAAGAGUUGCCAAUGAGAAAGGGGAGGAGAGGGCUGUUGGGGGUUCGGAUGAAACAAAGGAUGUUGAAGAUGGGGUUUUUGAGGAGGAAAUUGAAACACAAGAGCACUUGUGGGAGCAGAGAGAAAAUUCUGGACUAGGGAACGGCAGUAUGGUUGCCAUUGGAAAUGGUGAGACAAUUGGUGACAAUGGUUCAAGGGAAGUUCAGGAGAAUUCAAAUUUAGAACCUGAAGCUGAGACCUUUGAAGAGGCUAUUGGGGUUCCAAGUGAGGUUGGACAUCAGGAGGAUGUGAUUCCAAGUGAGGUUGAACCUCAGGAGGAUGUGGUUCCAAGUGAGGUGGAACCUCAGGAGGAUGUGGCAGUGUUAAUGGAUGAGCAGAAAGUGGAGGAACUGUCAGGUGGGGAGAAUGUUGGUGGUGGGGUGGUGUCUGAUAAGAUUGAUGAGGGUGGGACUGAAAUGGGAGCAGGGAUUGAUGAAUUGAACGGUGCAAAGGAGGUACCUGAUAUUAGUGGUACUGGAGAAACAGAAUUCCUGAGGGACGAGGAUGAAGCAAAUGUGAAGUUUGAUACAGUAAUUCAGAAACCUGCAAAUGGAAAUGCUGAUAAGGUAUAUUUAAAGGGAAAAUUGGUAGACAAAAAAUUGGAAACUUUGGAAGAUGAUAAGGUGGAGGAGGAUGUAAAAAUGCAAUCUAAGUUGGAGGUUUUGCCUCUAGAGGUCAAGGGUGAGGAAUUAAGGGAGGAUGCUCUGGCUACUGAUUAUCAAGAUGAAAAGGUUGGGGAACCUGCUGGUACUUCAGCUGGCAUGAUUGUCAAGCUUCAAGAUGAUGAAGUUGAAGAAUUGAAUGAGAAGUCAGAUAAUUUUGAUACAGGAUAUUUGGGAAAAGAGAAUGUGGAAUUUAAAGGUGCCACAGCCAAUCUUGAUUCAGUGAAUGAUGGAGAUGAGGGUGAAAAAGCAAACAAGACUUUGACUACUGUGGAGGCGGAAGAUAACAGGAUUGGUGAAGUAAAAGAUUCAUCAGAUGAAUGGGACUUAAAAUAUAAUGGUGAAAUUGAUGAACUGAAAAAUACUCUAUCUGGACUGAAAAAUACUCUGUCUGAGCUGAGUGCAUCUGUGGAAGGUUCUGUCGUACCUGAAUUUGGAAACUUAUCUUCUGAAAAUUUUAGAGAUGAGAGGAAUGAGAAUAUUGAGGCUUCUAAAACUGAUUUGAGAACAGAGGUUCAUGAUGGUUUUCAAUCUCAGCUCCCUGAUGAAAUGGUGGAUAAAGUUCAAGAUAUUGAUAAUUCUGUGACUGAGGAAUCUGAAAGGAAAGCUGAGAGAGAUCAGGAAGAUAAGCAAAGCACCCAAGUGACUCUAGAGCAGGAAGUGCAAAAUGCUUCAGGGUCUUCUUUGCCUGCAAAAGCUGAAGAGUCCAUAAAGAGAGCAGAUACAGAUCAGGAGCUGAAGCAAGAUACCCCCGUGACUAGAGAAUGUGAAAUUCUACCUUCUCCAGUGUCUUCAUCAUCUGUAAAAUCUACAAAUUCUGCUACACCUCUUUCUCGUCCCAUGGGCCUAGGGCGCGCUGCUCCGUUGUUGGAGCCUUCUCCUAAGGUGGUGCAACAACCCCGUGUAAAUGGCACUGUCUCCCAGGCACAGGCACAGCAGAUUGAAGACCGUGCUAAUGGAGAGGCAGAGGAAAGUGAUGAGACUCGUGAAAAGCUUCAAUUGAUUAGAGUUAAGUUUUUGCGGCUUGCACAUAGGCUUGGGCAGACUCCCCAUAAUGUUGUUGUCGCGCAGGUUUUGUACAGACUAGGAUUAGCUGAGCAGCUCCGGGGGAGAAAUGGGGGCCGUGUUGGUGCCUUCAGCUUUGACCGUGCAAGUGCUAUGGCAGAACAGCUUGAAGCAGCUGGGAAUGAACCCCUUGAUUUCUCUUGUACAAUUAUGGUCCUUGGGAAGACAGGAGUUGGUAAAAGUGCUACUAUUAAUUCAAUAUUUGAUGAAGUUAAAUUUGGUACUGAUGCUUUCCGGACGGGUACAAAGAAGGUUCAGGAUGUUGUGGGUACUGUACAUGGGAUUAAGGUGCGUGUAAUUGACACACCAGGCCUUCUGCCUUCCUGGUCUGACCAAUGCCAGAAUGAGAAGAUCCUUCACUCUGUUAAGCGUUUCAUUAAGAAAACACCUCCAGAUAUUGUGUUGUACCUUGACAGGUUGGACAUGCAAACCAGGGAUUUUGGUGAUAUGCCCCUCUUGCGCACCAUAUCUGAGAUCUUUGGACCAUCUAUAUGGUUUAAUGCAAUUGUGGUUCUGACUCAUGCAGCUUCUGCUCCUCCUGAUGGUCCAAAUGGUACUGCUUCUAGUUAUGACAUGUUUGUCACUCAACGCACUCAUGUUGUCCAGCAAGCUAUUCGUCAGGCGGCUGGGGAUAUGCGGCUAAUGAAUCCUGUUUCAUUAGUGGAUAACCACUCUGCAUGUAGAACAAAUAGGGCAGGGCAGAGAGUGUUGCCAAAUGGUCAGGUUUGGAAGCCUCAUUUGUUGUUGCUCUCGUUUGCAUCUAAAAUUCUGGCUGAAGCAAGCACACUUUUAAAGUUGCAAGAUACUCCUCCAGGAAAGCCUUUUACUGCUAGAACAAGAACACCUCCUUUACCUUUCCUUCUAUCAUCUCUUCUUCAAUCAAGACCCCAAGUUAAACUGCCUGAGGAGCAGUAUGGUGUUGAGGAUGAUUUAGAUGAUGAUUUGGAUGAAUCCUCAGACUCUGAGGAUGAAUCAGAAUAUGAUGAGUUGCCACCUUUCAAGCGGUUGACCAAAGCACAGAUGGCAAAGCUUACUAAAGCUCAGAAGAAGGCAUAUUUUGAUGAGUUGGAAUAUAGGGAAAAACUUUUUAUGAAAAAGCAACUGAAGGAAGAGAAAAAGCGGCGAAAGAUGAUGAAGAAAAUGGCUACUGCAGCUAAGGAUCUGCCUAAUGAGGUUGGUGAAAAUGCAGAAGAAGAAAGUGGUGGUGCUUCUUCUGUUCCAGUUCCUAUGCCAGAUUUGGCCUUGCCUUCUUCGUUCGAUUCUGAUAAUCCUACUCAUCGGUAUCGUCACCUUGAUUCCUCCAACCCAUGGCUUGUGAGGCCUGUUCUAGAUACUCACGGUUGGGAUCAUGAUAUUGGUUAUGAAGGUAUUAAUGUAGAAAGAUUGUUUGUUGCUAAGGAUAAAAUUCCCAUUUCAUUUUCUGGCCAGAUUACAAAGGACAAAAAGGAUGCCAAUGUCCAAAUGGAACUAACCAGUUCUUUAAAGCAUGGGGAAGGUAAAGCAACUUCAUUAGGUUUUGAUAUGCAGACUGUUGGAAAGGACCUGGCCUACACUCUGCGUAGUGAGACAAGGUUUAGUAAUUUCAGGAAGAAUAAGGCAACAGCUGGCAUCUCAGUUACACACUUGGGUGAUGCAUUAUCAGCUGGAGUAAAAAUUGAAGACAAAUUGAUUGCUAAUAAGCGGUUCCAGGUAGUCAUGACCGGGGGUGCUAUGACCGGUCGUGGUGAUCUUGCUUAUGGGGGCAGUUUGGAAGCACAAUUGAGGGACAAGGACUACCCUCUGGGUCGCUCCCUGUCUACACUUGGGCUCUCUAUAAUGGAUUGGCAUGGAGAUCUUGCCAUUGGAUGCAAUAUACAGUCACAGGUACCUAUUGGACGGUCUACAAACUUAAUAGCACGUGCCAAUUUGAAUAACAGAGGCGCAGGACAAGUCAGUAUACGAAUAAAUAGCUCAGAACAGCUUCAGCUCGCUUUGAUUGCUCUCCUUCCGCUACUUAAGAAGCUACUUGUUUAUUCCCAACAUUAUGGACAAUGAUGAAAUUUAGGUUACAUCAAUUGUGCUAUGGCAGCCAUGCGGUGAUAGGACAAAGUUUUUAAAAUUGCCAUCUCUCAGUGGUCUUCAAUAGUGAGUGAAAGUAAGGUGCUGAAAUUUCUAUAAUUUUUGAACAAUAUCUUCCGGGAUUAUAGUGAUUGUAGUUUCUUUGUUAGAUAUUUUGCAUAAGGAUUUUUUGGUUCCCAUGAAACCAUAGUCAUGAAUUGCUUUAUAUAUAUAUAUAUAUAUAUAUAUGUAUAUAUAGCCGUAAGAA